AUGGUUAGCGAGGCGACAGUGAGGAGUUUAUCUCUCUUAGCUGUGGAGAUACUGGAUAAUGGGACUUUGGAUCAACAGACACGUUCGAAAGAAGCAGACGACGAUAUGAGGACACGUCAUCCUUUGGUGAAUCGUCUCCUCGUCUCAAUAUACCAAAAAUCAGAGUACAAAUGUUCAAAGAGGAGGAAGGUAGGUUCUCGAGCAAAAGAGCCGGUUCGAGAAGUAUUGAGACGAUAUGCGGGUGAUCAUCGAUUAUACGGCGAACGAGAGAAAUGCUCGCACGAAUAUAUAAUACCAAGUGUGGAAAUCUAG